AUGGUUUACCUACAACAUGUCAUGUCAGGAAGCCUGGCACACAACACAACAGAGCGUCUUACACAGCCCAUCAUGAAGCUUCUGACUUCCGCUCUUCUGCUCGGGUCUCUCGCCACCCAGACGAUCUUUGGCUACCCCGGAGGCCAGGUUGUCAAAAGGGACGUCGACUCCUUCAUUACCACUGAGACUCCCAUAGCUCUUGCGCAGUUGCUCUGCAAUAUUGGCCCGAACGGUUGCCAUGCUCAAGGGGUAAGCUCUGGCAUCGUUAUCGCUUCUCCGGACAAGACCGACCCACCGUAUUUCUACACGUGGACUAGAGAUGCUGGUCUCGUAUUCAAGGCCGUGGUGGACAUCUUCACCAACAGCUAUGAUGCCAACCUUCAGACCAACAUCCAGAACUACAUUGCUUCCCAAGCUCGCCUUCAGGGAGUCUCAAACCCUUCCGGGGGCUUGGGCGAUGGUGCCGGUCUUGGCGAGCCCAAGUUCGAAGUAAACUUGGCCCCUUUUACGGGUGCUUGGGGACGCCCUCAGAGAGAUGGUCCGGCGCUGCGAGCCAUUGCCAUUAUAGGGUACGCGAAAUGGCUAGUAUCAAACGGCUACUCGUCUACUGCCUCAUCCGUCUUGUGGCCAGUAAUCCGUAAUGAUUUGGCUUACGUUGCUCAGUACUGGAACCAGACUGGCUUUGAUCUGUGGGAGGAGGUUCAAGGAAGCUCCUUCUUUACCGUUGCUAGCCAACAUCGCGCUCUUGUCGAGGGCAGCGCGUUGGCACGUUCCCUUGGCCAGGCCUGCGCAGCUUGUGAUGCCGUGGCUCCUCAAGUCCUGUGUUUCUUGGGCAGAUUCUGGAACCCAUCGGGCAACUUCAUGGUUGCAAACAUCAACGGAAAUGGAAGAUCCGGCCGUGAUGCCAACGUCAUCCUCGCCUCCAUUCACAACUUUGACCCUGCCGCAGCGUGCGACGCGGCAACUUUCCAGCCCUGCAGCGACAAGGCCCUCGCCAGUCACAAGGUCGUCGUAGAUUCCUUCCGCACCAUCUACGCAAUCAACAACGGCAUCGCCCAAUCCGCCGCCAUCGCAGUCGGCAGAUACCCCGAAGACAGCUACUACAACGGAAACCCGUGGUACCUUAACACCCUGGCCGCCGCAGAGCAGCUCUAUGACGCCCUCUACGUCUGGAAGCAGCAGGGCUCCAUCACUGUCACCCAGACCUCCCUGGCCUUCUUCAGAGACCGCGACGGCUCCGUGGCACCCGGGACGUACGCCUCCGGGUCAUCGACCUAUAACUCGCUCAUCAGCACCGUGAGUGCCUACGCGGACGGUUUCAUGAACGUGGUCGCGACCUACGCCCAGUCCAACGGCUCGCUCGCCGAGCAGUUCUCACGCAGCAACGGCCAGCCCCUUUCGGCGGACGACCUCACCUGGUCCUACGCGGCCUUCCUCACAGCCGCUCAGCGCCGCGCCAACGUCGUCCCCAAGGGCUGGGUCGGCGCUGCCACCUCGGUCCCGGGUACUUGCCAGGCUACCUCUAUCGCCGGCUCUUAUUCAACCGCCACGGCGACUUCGUUCCCCGCCAACCAGACGCCUGGUGGAGGAGGCGGUUCACCCACGGGAACCACUACGGGAGCUACGCCGACCGCGACGGGAUGUUCCAUUGCCAGCUCUGUGCUCGUCACCUUCAACGCCCGGGUCGUGACGCAGUUCGGCCAGACGAUUAAACUCGUGGGCAGCACCGCCUCUCUCGGAAGCUGGAACCCAAGCAAUGCCAUUGCGUUGAGCGCUUCGGGGUACACCUCGGCCAACCCCAUCUGGUCUGUUACUGUUGAGCUGCCGGCUGGUACUACGAUCCAGUACAAGUACAUCAACGUUGCCAGCGGUGGUGUCGUCACUUGGGAGAGUGACCCCAACCGCAGCUAUACUGUCCCGUCAACCUGCUCGUCGACGGCUACAAAGUCUGACACCUGGCAAGGAUAA